GGAAUCCAGUGCAUUCGCAUGCUCUAUGGACAUCUUGUUAAUGUUUUUGGAUAUGCGUUGAGGGCUGAUUGUACAGUGUGCAGCUGCAGCGUCCUAUGUGCAUAUGCACAAAGUAAAAAGUGUUGGGCAGGGAGACAGCAUGUGCACAGGGGCCCGUCCUAUAGUAAUGAGUUCUGGUGGGUGGCUGGCAAGUUGAUCCUGUCUAGCAGCAGCAUGAAGUGAGAACAAAAAGAUGCAGAUAGCUAAGCUCCUGUCAGACACGCUUAAGCUUACUCUUAAAUUUCUCUCAUUAACAAAUGCUCAGUACAUGCGCAUACUUUUUUUAAUUGCAUACUUGCAAGUAAGUGAUCAAGCUUGCAGAGGAGAACACCUAGCGCUUAGAAUUUUAGUUGCAUGCUCUCACCUUGCAACCACAGCAACCUCCCAGGCUCUGCUGUGCAUUGUGCAAGGACUUUAAGCUAUCCGGAGCCUGGGCUGGCUAUGUGCCAGUCAGCCACCAGCAGCAAGUUAGAAUAGCCUAACUUACAGUACUUGCCAAGAGUUUUGGGGAACAGGAGUCAGAUGUGCGUUAUGGAAUCCGCAGCCAUGCUCUCUUUCUCUAAAUCACAUCCCCUGACCCUCUAGUAUAGGAGGGAGCUGUGGAGUAGCGUAGGCCUUAUGCAUGCUCUAUGCUAUUGAAGUCAGCGUUGUCUUCCUGUGGUCAAUUAUGCCACCUUUAGAGCAGCUCUGUGGCAACAGAUUGCAUUGUUGUUUCUAAAAUAUAUUUUUAAAAAUUCUAUGGUCUGUGGUGGUACAUUUGUGCAAUUUCUCUAGGCUGAAUUCUCUUCUUGCACGUUCACAACUGAUAAUACCAAUGCCUGUCACAUGAAAAGGAUCAGAAUUUGUUGCAAGUGAGCUUCAUUGUACCAGAUAUUUUGCAUGACUAGAAAGGUUGGUUGGAUGCUUCUGCAUUACCAAGUCAACUCCAAGUGCAAAAGGUUAAAAUUUAGAGAAAAAAAUACAAAAAUCCAACUGUUGCCCCCUGCAAGACACGGGCACAGUUUUUCAUUAUAAAAGUGUUUUGGGGAGAGAGAGUGAACUUGCUUACUGUAGAAAGAGGAAGGAACAGAAUGGAGGCAAGAUAAUUUCUGUAUAAAGGAACCUUUGAAAAUUGUACAAAACAGAAGAUGUUAACCAUGAACUGUUCUGCGUUGGUCUCUCAGAUUCUCUGCUUUUAAAAUAUGUGGUUUUUCUGCAGUGAUUUUUAAGCUGUAAAGGUCUUGCUGAGCCAUGACAUUUCUAGUGACCUGAACAUGAAAAAUUCAAAAUCGAAGUAUUUUUAAAUACAAAUUGAGGAGGAAGAAGAACUGAUACUACCUUGGGAAAAAGCCCCCAAAUGCACUCAAAUCACUCUGUCUUAGCUUCACUGCAGUGUCCACGUGACGUUCUUAUAGCUCUACAAUAUCAGAAUUCCUAUUUUGGUUUCUGCCUUUUCUUCCUGGAGGCUUGACCGAGUGCCAUUCCUUCUUUUGCAUGAACAUAGCUGCAGGCCAUGUAACGUUAGAGAGAAUUUACUAUGUAAUUAGUUCCAUUCAUUCCCAGUGGCUGUUCACUUCACCCUCGGCAGGGUUCACAGUAAGUCCAGCACUGGGAGGUGUAGGCUGAAAGUCUAAUACCCAGGCUUCUAGCCAAACCUUACCGUACUUCAGUCUGAGCUGAAGAACUUCACUUUGAGAAGGGGAGAGUGUAUUGUUCUCAUUUAGGUAAUGGAAUAAUAGAGAAAAGACAAGAUGAAAGUCAAUAAUACCUUGGCAAAAGCAUUAUAUGACAACAAGGCUGAGUGUUCAGAUGAGUUAGCCUUCCGCAAAGGAGACAUCCUAACGGUUCUUGAGCAGAAUGUUUUAGAGAGUGAAGGAUGGUGGAAAUGUUCCCUCCAUGGAAGACAAGGUCUGGCUCCUGCUAAUCGCCUCCAACUCCUUGCUGGUUCCCAGGAAGGAACAUUGUCUCCCUCCUCUGAGCAUGAUUCUCAGGAAUUGCCCAUCUGUCAACAAAAUAUCUACCAGGUUCCAUCAGCUCCCAAGUCUUCCACGUUGUCACCUACGUAUGAACGGAUGGACAGUUGGAUUAAGCCACUUCCUUCUUCUGUUUCUUCUCCACCUACUCAAGAAAUAUAUCAAGUGCCAGCUUUAGCUGCACAAUUAUUCAGUGAAAAGAUCCAAAGCCUAACCAAUCAGCACCAGUUUACUCUUCCCACACCAUCUCGGGCCUCCAUACCAUAUAUAAAAAGUGAGGUUUAUGAUGUUCCAUCACCACAACACCGAAUGGCCCUAUUCACUCAGAGGUGUGCCACUCCACCCACAGCCAGAAAGGGCUCUAUGCCGAUCCUCUUCAAAGAAUAUAUCCAGGAAGAGCAGCAACAGCUUUAUGACAUCCCAUCCAGCCCAGAAAAGGCAAAAAUCCAUGUCCAGCAAGACUCUCCAGUGGGCAGUGUGUAUGAUGUCCCCCCCACAACCGCAAGAGACCAUGACAUUUCACUACAAAGUUUGUCUCAAAUAAAAUCUUUGGGUCAUUAUAAUACCUUGCCAAAUCCUCGGAAGUCAGAAUGGACUUAUGAUAUUCCAGUAUCACCUGAAAAAAUGGGUUUAAAAAAAGAUCCUUCCGAUCGUUCCCUGGAAAAGCAGGUGCUGUAUGACAUACCACCAGCCAGAUAUGGUUCUAGUUUGCAAAAUGUUCCACCAACAAAUAUCAAAAGCAAAUCAGUGAAUCCACAAAUGUAUGAUGUCCCACCAACCCAGAGAAAAUUAACCUUUCCUGACAUCCCUCGUUAUAAUGUCCCAUCCUCACGUAACAUGCUACUUUUGCAGCAAAACAGUAACUAUCAUGUUCCACCAAGCUUUCUGACUCCAAGGGUUGAGCAACAGAACUCUGAACAAAAUGUUUAUGAUAUUCCAAAAGUGCUGCCUACUGCUUUACAGCACAGGAAAGGGACUGAAAAAAACAACAGUAGUUUUGGAAGCCAUACUUACAACAUUCCUCCACAGCUGUCAAAAGAUGCCAAAUUAGAACAAGACAGAUUAUCAGUUUCUAGUGUGGACAGUAGAACCAGCACCCUAUCUACAUCAUCAAGCACUUCUGCUGAGUCCUCUUCUAUGUCAUCAUCAGAAGAACCUGCAAAAGAAAUUAAAUUGGAGCUUGACUUAGCCAUAGAGACAUUGACCAAGCUGCAGCACAGUGUAUCCAGUUCAGUUGCAAGUCUGAUGAUUUUUGUAAGCAGUAAGUGGAGAUUCCAGGAACACCUGGAGACAAACCUUGAGGAAAUCCAUAGAGCAAUUGAUCACAUAAAAGAAUCUUUGGGAGAAUUCUUGGACUUUGCUCAAGCCAUCAAGGUGAAUGCCUCUUGCGUCACUGACAAUAACCUUCAAACCAGAAUUACAACACAGCUGAAAAUUCUUACAGACUCAUUCCAGAUCUUGGUAGAAACAAGGGAAGCACUAAAUAACUGCAACUGGUCACUGGAAGUUCUGGUCAUUAAGAAACCUCAGAAUAACCCAGAUGAUCUUGAUCGGUUUGUUAUGGUAGCCCGCACAAUUCCAGAUGAUAUCAAGAGAUUUGUUUCUAUCAUCAUAGCUAAUGGAAAGCUUCUCUUCAAAAAGAAUUGCAAGGAACAAGAGACCAAGUCACCAAAAAUUGGUACAGACCGUAAAAUGGCAAAGCCGAUCCCAAUACCCAGAAGAAUAGAACUGAAUUCACUCCAAAGAAAUACUUUGGAUAAACCAAACAAAAACAAAGUCUCUUCUGAGAAAUCAAGAGAAAAUGUCACUGAAGACUGUGAUUAUGUUCAGUUACAGAAGUCUCCUGGGUUGGAACAGGCGAAAAAAACCCUUUCAGCUAAAGAGAUGGCAAAGAAGAAUGCAGAUUUAAAAACAAAGGUUUUCCCACCUUCAAAAAAGCAUAAUAUUCAGAGCAACCUGGACUUGGCAAAGAAAAUCACUCUCUCAGAAAAUUGUAGACUGUAUUUUGAUGCCCUUCAUAAGGCCAUUAGUGUAUUUACCAGUAGUCUUAGCAAUAAUCAACCGCCAGAAGUCUUCAUAGCACAGAGCAAACUGAUCAUUAUGGUGGGACAAAAGUUGGUGGAUUCUCUCUGUCAGGAAACUCAAGAAAAGGAUAUUCGGAAUGACAUCCUCUGCAGCAGCAGCCAGUUUUGUAGCCUGCUGAAGAACUUGGCUGUUGCCACCAAAAAUGCAGCAGUGCAGUAUCCAAAGACAGGUGCCAUGCAGGAACUUCAAAAUCAAGCUGAUGAGCUGUCUAAAUACACUCAGCAGUUUAGAGCAAUGAUGGAAUGAAGAAGCCUUUCCAUUCUUAGAAGAGAAUCCUGGAGAAAACUUUAGGAUCUCCCCCGAUUUCUGGGUUUUAACCCCUCAACUAUGGUAUCCUGAGAGCUGAGGAAGACAGGACUCCACAAAGAACCCAAAUGCCAGUCUUAAAUCAGCCAUACCCUGUCGAGGUUGCUGUGGGGCAAUAAAAGAUGUACUAAGGCCCUGAGGAAUGUCUACACAGGCUGCGGCAACAAUCCUCCCAGUCCAGGUUGACAGAUUUGGGUUAGUGGGACAUGUUCUGGUGCUAUAAAAACAGAUGUAUAGACAGCACGUUGAAGUGACAGCUUGGUCUGGAGCUCAGACUGUGAAACUCAACCCCUCCUAGACUUUAGAGCUUGUGCUCCAGCCCAAGCUGCAAUUUCAAACCACUGUUUAUACACCUAUUUUUAGAGUGCUGGUGAAAGCCAGCUACCCCGAGUCUAUCACCCUAGGCUAGGAGGCUGACUCCCAUGGGCUGUGUAGAGAUACCCACUAUGACCAGGAAUCGAAUUUGUACUUUCCACACAACAGUUUAGAGCACUAUCUGGAAAAUGCUGAGUCAACCCUUCCAAUCAAUCGUUGGAGUGGCUUGGCAAAAAUUUCCAUAGAGUAUUGUUAUACACUUAUUUUAUUAUUUGUCUGAUUUCUUAUCUUUCCAAACAAAGCAGAUAAAUAUAUUUUUCUAUUCUUUUUCACUUGGAAAUGUAAGUGUUGUACUGGUUUUCCUGAUAACAGACCAAGGUAUAUAAAUUGUGAUACAUUGUUAUGUGAAGCCGUCAUCAUUCUCUCUUUUCCAGGGGAUCGUUUACCGUAUUUGUUUUAAACUACAGAUUUUUUAAUAAAAUGUCAUUUACAGAUCUUUCAUAUUACAAUGUUAUGAGCACAGUAUGGAACAAAUUCUGGCAGAUGAUGUGUAUAUAGGCCACAGAAAACCCAUACCCAGCACCAUACAGAAAUGAUUGGACUCCCCAUACUGGCUCUCAUCUAAACCCAAGGAGCAACUGCUUCACAUGUCUUCCAUGGGAGAAGCUAUAAUGGACCAUUACAGAAUUGGCCUCAAAGUUUCGGGAACAUGGUCAGCAUGUUUACGAUCACAAAACACACAUAAGAUCCAUGCAGGCUGUUCAUGCUAAAUUAGGGUGAAUGUCAAGACAGGCAUAAUCUGUUUAUUGGGUUGCUGCUGGCCAGAAUAUGGGUGCACAGUAAUGCAGGAUACAUGUGCACUCAUUUUGAGGACACUUCUGCAUAGUUGAGGAAUUUGAGCCAAUGAUUUUUGUAUGAUUUCUCUCUCUUCCUGGUGCUCAGCUAUUACAGUGAUGGAGGCCAUAUAAACACCUAGAUAGGUUUUUGUGUGUUGUUUUGUAUUUUUUUUACCAAUUAAUUUAUUUUUUUUCAAAUAUGGCUUAAAUUUUCAAGCCUUGUCUUCCUUUUGUAGGUACAACUUGUAUCUGUAUAAUUUGCUUCUGAUAAGCAGGCAGUUAGUUUUGCCAUCAUUUGCAGUUGCAAUUCAUUUGUGGAUACAAAAAUUUGGGUGCAAUUUGUGCCUGUAAAGAAAAUUUGGAUAAGUCUCAGUGUAAUGUUCCAACAUCCAACAGAAUGCAUUGCUGAAACAGCUGCAUUCAGACAGAUUUCCAAUGGAAGUGCAAAGAAAAAAUAUUUAAGCCGUUCUUUAUUUUGAGCACACUGUACAUAUUUUGGCCUGGCCUGAUAUCUGCAGAAAUUUGUUCUCUGCAUUUCUGAUGUUUAAUUUUGUUCUUCUGUUUUCCCUUUUAAAUGAGUUUUACAAUUUUUGUUGUUCGCAAAACAUUAAUAAAUAACAUAUUGAUAAA